UCCGAAUCGAAAAAUCGUCUAUUUCCACGCGGAAGGCAUUUGGGUCGCGGCACACGCUGGGCGGCGGACCACGGUUCAGUGGACGUGCACUGCAAAGAGUCAAGAAGGCUGACAAAACCGACCGCGUCUUCUGUCAGUUGCUUCUCAUAAAGUCAGCGUGCCGCAGCUGGGCAGACAUAUCUGAAAAGCGUGUGGUCAACUCUUUGUUUUCUUGACUCGUGGGAAACGCAAAAACGAACGGAGGACGGGCAAGUUCCUUCGUUCGCGUCCGUUCCCCGUCAGCCUCAGAGAUUGACCAGCACCGCGGAGGAGGUCGCAGCGACAGCGCGACGGCAAGCAACUUGCGCGAGUUCUUCAUCCUGCUCUGCUCCUCUCUCCCACUGUUUUCCGUCUAAGUCUCCUUCUGCGCUCGCAUAUUUCUCGUCGCUGACGCAUAUCGACGCCUCGCGCAGCGAACUGAUCGGCGCGGUCUUCCAGGUGCCAGCUCUCUCUGGUCGCUGUGUGUCAGAUCAGAGGCAGCGACGGCCUUUGGAAGGAUACACGCAGCAGGUGAAUUUGAGAAAUCCAGAAGGAGGACGACGGAAAAAGAGUUCCAGCAGCAUCAGGAGGGAGAAAACGUUGACUGACGCACAGGGGUACGAAAAAUCACUUUUCUUGUACGCCAGAAUAACAGCACAAGAUAUUUAGACGUUCAUCUGUCGCGGACAUCUUUAAGACUACCUCGUUUCACCCGUCGUUCUUUUCCUCCCUUGUCUCCUUGGUUCGCUAUUUCCAGUCUCAAACCAUGUCGCCUCUCCCGCCUUCCUCGUCGGCGUUCUUCCUCUCUUCCAAAGCUUUCCUGUCGUCUCUUCGCCUGUCUGCUUCCUCUCUCGGUCGUCCCCCCCCUCGCCUCUCUUUUCGCUCUUUCUCUUCUUCCUCUACGUCUCCGUCUUCUUCUUCAUCCUCGUCCUCUCCUGCUUCCGCUCCCUCUCCCCCUUCGUCAUCCUCUUCGUCUCGGUCCUCCGCGUCGCCAGGAGGGAGACACCGGCUGGUGCUCCCGCCUGACUUGCCGAAAGGCAUGAAGGGAUCUCACGGAUUUCUUGACGGCAACUCCGCCCUCGCAGCCGCAGUCGAGGCUGCGCUCGACAAGCCGUCCAGGACGAAGCGCGUAGCGGGGAAGGAGAUCAGCGGGAAGGACUACUCCAGACUCAUGGUCCCCAAACAGAGAAAGAAGAAAACCAAACACACGGGCGGGCAAAACGUCACCUACUGACUUGUCCGCGACCUCUCCACGAGGGUGCAUGCGCGAUGUCUGUACACUUGGACUGGGUCUACCUGCUCCCUUCCGCAAGUGGGCGCCUCUGUAUUGGUGCUGUCUUUUCGAGUCUCUCUUCGCGCGUCCACGCUUGUGUGUCCAAACAGCAUGUAAGCAAAGGCGGGCGUGACUGUGGGCGUCUUGCGGGGCGAAUCCGGAAAGGCCAGAAAGCAGAGAAGAGGAAAAAAAUGCGCGACGUCAUGGUGUUUCACCAGUGCAACCGCGAACCGAACCGCAGGGAAACAACGUCUCCUGGCUUGUCCGUGACUACACACACAUGCGCAUGCAUGGCCCCAGAUGGACCUCGGAGUCGCCGUCUCUACAGGCCUACACAGAUUUCGUACUUUCGAAACUCCGAGCAUGUUGUCGCUUUCCUGCUUCUCUUCUCGAGUUGCUUUUGCAACGCUGUGUGGUCUAAGAAUGCCUACACAUAUGGAGCACACCUUUAGAACAGCUGAAUCUUCAGUGCAGCUGAGCUAUGCGCUCGGCCUUCUUCUCGUAUGAAACACGAAAGACGCUGAACAAAUUUAGAUACGCUUUAUAAGCAUUUAUCGUCUCUCUCCAGUGCGUCGUCUCUGCUUCACCUCCUCUCCCCUCGACCUGCUCGGCGUUGUUUUAUCUAUUCAGUGUGCGCAGCAAAGUGCUCACCUGAGAGCUGAACUUGUGGUGAUUCACUUCCACGGCUAAGGGGGAACAAUCCUCGAUUUUGGCAGACUCUGGUGCGACUGCGAAAAUCUUCCUCUGUGAGCCGCAGGGGGGUCUCCAUCUCUGAGACAGGAUGAUUUAUGCGUCUGUUCUGGCGAGUGUCUAUGCGACGAGAUCGACUCCUGGUUGACAUCUCGAAGGUAGCGGAUCCAAGGUUUACGCUGUUGGCAUGGCUGCGAUAGCACUCAGUAUAGAUCCUCUCAAU